ACAUCAACAUCUGAAGGGAUCAUAAUGAUCUAGAUUUAGGCAUUCUCAUUAGAUCACGCAACCAUUUUCAAUUUGUUUACUGGAUCUAUUUAGAAGUCAUAGACUAGCCUUAGAUCUAUUAUAGAUUGAUAAAUCUGGAACAUAAGUGUAUGCCUACAUGCCUAGAUCUAGAUUUAAUGUAGCAUCUAUCUAAUAUAAAAUGAAUCUAUAGAUCUAGUGACUAGUGGUUAUUGCAAUGGAUUGAAUGGUUGAAAUUGAAGAUGUAUUGCAUUACUAGAUCUAGCUCUAGAUGUAGGUCUACGUCUAGAUGUGGAUUUUUCUGAAUCAAUGUAAAAUUGAACUUGGAUAUAGGCCUACUACUUCGAUUCAUUUUAGAUUUAGAUUAGAUCUAGUGUAUUGCUAUCAAAUGCCAGAGAUACAUAAUGUACAAGAACAAGUUUAUACCACCAGCUGAUGAAUUAACAGCCUGUACAGGAAGAUUGAUUGUAAGUGAAGCAGCACCAGAUCAGUUCUACCACGGCUGGUACCCUGUUCGAAAAUGCUCGUUCCCAGGCCACGAAUCAGCCCCGGGAGCUGGACUGCCCUCCUCAAAACGUCUAACUACGUUUCGAAACUAUCGCGUAGUGUGUGAAAUUUGUGAUCAUCAAGACAAUGUUUCGUGGACGGGAGAAAAAGAAUGGUGUUGUCCCAAAAACAACGUGGUGUUCUAUCCAGCGCCAGACUCCAGAAACGAAGCAACCCUGUCUACUUGUGUGACCAAAAUGUGUGUCCCGGACACCUACUGGCGUUUUCAUGACAAGCAUCUAACGAAGCCUAAUGGGUCUAUGCCUAAAAACUGUAGAGUUCACGCCUCAAACUGGUUUAAAGAAGAGAUAGAUCACAUCAACUCUUUAAAUCUGAUCAAAAAGAAUAUCACUCAGCAUCACCGCCUUACUUCUAUGAGAAUUGAGAAGCAUAUGAAUGAUGCGCUGAAAGACAUCUACCAACUGAAAGAUGGGGAAAACAACAAGAAAUCACCUCUGCCUCCUCUUGUCUCAAACCAGGAAUCAUGCAUACUGGGCACCGGAGGAAGGGCUUCCAAUAAAAUCUCUGGGACUCAUUCCGUUCUCAGAAUAUAGACAUUGCACCUUUGUAGAUAUUUUGCUAAUGGAUAUAGUAGCCUAAUAAGGGCCUAUGCUUAUAGAUGUGUUUAAUUCAUGAGGGAUUGAUUCUUUUAUCUUAGAAAUGUCAUUAAUAUUUCAUUUAGAAAUUCAUACUUGAAGUGUCAAGAAAUAUUUGAUUAUGUCUGUAAUUAUUAGUUAAUUGAAAAAAAAAGUGAAACUAUAGUUGAAUACAAUUUUUAAUGCACUACAAAAGAAAAAGAAAGUUUUCUUCUUAUCUAUAGUGAUUGUCAAUGUGUACACUCCAUUGUUGUAUAUAGGCAAGUGUGAAAGGCUCUAAGGAGAUGAUGGUUUAAGUAAUUGUUUAAUUAUAUAUACUAUAGGCUUCUAACUAGUUUGUUUGUUUAUUAGCCUAUGUUUUAACCACAUUAUUUGGUACGAGAAUUUUUUUAUUUUUAAAUUCUCAUGAUUGGGUCUGAAUAGCUUGAAAAGAGACACACUUUAAAUAUUUCUUUGGUGAAAUGAAGUUAUGUUAUUUACAAUCAUAUCUACUGUGAAAUGCAGAACUGUUUAGAUGAUUAGAUUAGAUUUAGAGUCCUACAAUAUAUGAAUCUGAUUGUCUUUAUAUGAAAAAAGAAGUUUUUUAGCAGCUCCCGAAAGGGGAAAAGACGCUAUUAGUUUUGUGUGGAAUGUCUUUCCGUCCGUCCAUCCCGUUUAGAGCUCGUAAACUAGAAAAGAUAGUGAAAAUCCGACAUCAUAAUAUUUUAGACCAUCCAAAGUUCUGAUGCAAUGGCUACUUUUUACUUUUCUGAAAGCAAAAAAUCUAAUUUUUUAAAUCACUUAAGCAAGAAGUUCUUUCAUAAAAAUACACCACUUUUACAACUAUUCACUAUAUAUAGUAACAAACACAGGAGGAUCUUUAGCAGGGGAUGUAGCUAUUUACCAUAUUUUUAACACAUUUAUGCAAACGGUUAGAUUUUUUGUCAA